CUGUCUGUCUGUCUGUCUGUUUAUCUGUCUGUCUGGUUGGUUCUGUAUUUGUGCGAUGGAAACUGCUUUGACUCCUAGAGCAUUUAGAGUGUUUGAGGCUAUUGAUUGCUGUGUUUACAUAGGUUGGCUAUGACAUUGAGGUAUCUAGCAACAGGAAGCUCUCAAGUGUCUCUUUUUUUAAUUUCAGAGUUGGUCGCUCGACAGUUUGCAGAAUCAUAAGAGACACUUGCACUGUACUCUGGGAAGUGUUGCAACCUCACUAUGUUAAAGCACCAUCAAAUGAAGAAGAGUGGAAAGGAAAUAGCAACUGAUUUUGAAAAGAUUUGGAAUUUUCCGAAUUGCAUUGGAGCAAUUGACGGAAAACGUGUUGUGAUUCAAGCGCCAGCUGGUUCUGGGUCCGUGUACUACAAUUAUAAAGGGACCCACUCUAUUGUCCUUAUGGCUGUUUGCGAUGCGCAUUAUCGCUUCUUAAUAGUUGAUGUAGGAGAUAGUGGUCGGCAUAGUGAUGGAGGUGUUCUUGCACAGUCAGCAUUCGGGCAAGCACUAGAGUCUGGCACCCUUUCAUUGCCAUCGUCAAGAGAAUUGCCUUGCACAGCAACAAGGGCUCCAUAUGUAUUUGUAGGCGACGAAGCGUUUCCUCUACGGACACACAUGCUUCGGCCCUACCCAGGCAGGAAUCUGCCAGAUGCAAAGGCUGUGUUUAAUUACCGUCUUAGUCGAGCUCGAAGGAUCAUUGAAAACUCUUUUGGAAUUCUGACAGCUAGGUGGCAACUUUUUAGAAAGCCUAUCGUCGCUCAACCAGAACAUGUAGUAACUUUUACUAAAGCUGCCAUUGCUCUCCAUAAUUUCCUACGGAUCACCUAAUCUACAGUCUAUUGCCCAGUUGGUUUUAGCGAUGCAGAAGAUAGUGUAGGGAAUGUAGUGGAAGGAAGAUGGAGGGCUGAAGUAAGGGCUGAAGGGGGAUUAGAAAGAGUAGGGAAAGUUGGGAGCAAUAGAUUUAGUCAAUCAGCAGCUGAAGUACGAGAGUGCUUCAGCAACUAUUUCAUGUCUCCCCGAGGACAAGUUGAU